UUUUGGUAUCUAAUUCCCAUUCCCCCCACAAGUGUGUUCCAAGUUCCAAUGUUUGUUAUUGAUUAAUCAAAUCAAAAUAAAAAUAGUUAAAAAUAUUCUUUUUGUUUUUCCCAAAUCCAAGAUCAACUUAACUUCCUCCUAAUGUUUAUAUUUUGCCUUGCCUUGAUGGUGUUUGAUAAAAUGCCUCGGUGAAGCAGCACAGAUUCUUAUCCUACACCCAUCUCCACUUUUUUGGUGUUUUCCUUUUCUUACCCUUCACAGGCUUUGAAAGGCUGUAAAGCUCUCACUUUCUCUCUCUACAUCUGUUUCUCUUUCUUGAUUUCAGAUAAACUUAGGAAAUAAACAGGAAAAAGAGUAAAAGACUCAAAAAGUCAAGAGUCAAAAGGCUAAAGAUAAAGUAUUUGAAAGUGAAAGUGAAAGGGGAUUAUGGACUGGAAUUUGAAGAUACCCUCUUGGGAAUUCACAGAAUUUGAACAAGGAUCAAUUCCCAAUAUUGAUUCUAAUAAUGGGUCAAGUAGUUAUGGAGGUCCAGGGAUUAAAGGGGGCAGUUUUUCUGUUGAUUUAAAGCUUGGUCAAGUCAUUGAUUCAGGAGUAUCUACUGGUGGUUCGAAAAUGGCCUUGUCUCCUUCCGGAUCAUCGAAGCGGGCUCGGCCUGUUAGUAACCCGGUUAACGGGGCUGCUUGUCUUGUGGAUGGGUGUAAAGCUGACCUUAGUAAAUGCAAGGAGUAUCAUAGGCGCCAUAAGGUCUGUGAAGUCCAUUCCAAGACUCCUGAGGUUUCGAUUAAUGGUCACAAACAACGGUUUUGCCAGCAGUGUAGUCGAUUCCAUUCACUAGAAGAAUUCGAUGAGGGAAAACGAAGCUGCAGAAAACGUCUUGAUGGACAUAACCGUAGGAGAAGAAAGCCUCAACCCGAUACCUCACGUGCUGCAGGGCUUUUCUCCACUCACCAAGGUACCACGAUGUUACAAUUCGCAAGUCCACACAUGUACCAAACACCAACUCUCACGAACCCACUAUGGACGGGAAUGGUCAAGUGUGAAGAAGAACCCACAUACUCGACCCGGGCCCUAAAACAGAACCCAUAUCCAGAAUCAUCUUCGGGCACCAAAAAACUACCCGAAAAGCAGCAAUUCAGCCUGUUUCAUAACAACUGUUCGGGUUCACACCUUAAACUCAACCACGAAACAUCACCACCAAAAGUCUGUCAUCAGCAACUUCUUAGUUUUGAGGCUAAUAAUAAUAAUAAUAAUAGCAGCAACUAUGACAAGCUGUUCUGUGACGGGUAUCCGCCACCGGCUCGGGUGGUGCAGCCGGUGGUGCCAUCCGACUGUGCUCUCUCUCUUCUGUCAUCAUCACCGUCGCAAACAUCAUGUACAACCCUGAGCCAUGUGAUGCACCCACCUAACUCGUUUACUGCAACACCAAACCCGUUGGAUCCUGGUGUGGGGUAUGGUGGUCUGGAGUCGAUUAUGGAUCAUAAUCAUAAUCAUACUCGUAAUCAUCAUCAUCAUGUGUCGCGUGAUAAUGGAGCUCCUCAAACACUUCCGUUCUACUGGGAAUAGGGUUAAUAUUUGAAAAAAAGUGAUAAAUUUCACUCGAAUGAGAUUUGAUUUGAUUAGGUUCGAUUCGAUUAAGUUUAGCUUUUGAUUUUGAUUUGUAGUUGUUGGUGUUUUUAUUCUUUCUUAUGUGUUACUUUCUCUUGUAUGGUAGGAAUUCAACAUUUUUUUUUUCUUGGUUGAACUUGAAUGUGUUAAAACUUCAAUUUAAAUUCUUAAUUGAGUUUUUUUU